UCAACAGCUGCCUCUUGUAUUUACUCAAUAAGUGUAAAGUUGACGGAUCUUCAUAGUUAAGUAGUUGUUUUAUUUCGUAAUCGACGGAGCCUGGGGAUUUGGAUUAAUUUCAAUUAAUUCGUCAAGUUGAUGCAAUGAUGGAAGGGCACAAACUUGGCGCUUUUGACAUGCCAUUAUCAGACCACCGCCCAUUCUUAAAAGUGAAACAAACCAGGUGCUGAUUGCCACCUGCAACAUAAGCCAAAGUUAUGAAAGUGUUCCGACAAAUACCUCUAAGCUGUUUUUUUAUUGUGUGAACUCUAAAAAGCAGUUUGAACAGAACAUGGAUCCGGUGCCACAGAAUAGCAUCACCAUUUGCCUGCCUCCAUCAGUCAGCUUGUCAGAGAUCAAUGCUGACAACCUGAGAAAUAUGGUGGAGGCAGCCUGCCAGGGUUCCCAUGAUCCUUUUAACCAGAACGGAGAAAUAAUACUUUAUGUCAAGGAACAGGACAUGGACUUAGAUCAGCAAUUUAUCUAUGAACCUGUUUCACAAGCCAUGUUUCAAGAAAAAAUUGAGCAGAGUAUGCUUGAAGACCCCAUGGGUGCUGUCAGCGAGGCUACUUUUAUUCAACUUCAGGAGAGUGGCUUGCUGUCUCAUGAGGCCAUGUUGUUAGCAGAUGCUGAAGGUACCAUGAUGCCGACACAAGAGGCUGGCAUAUUGCAUACUCAAGAAACUGGAUUACUGUCUACUCAAGAUUCUGUAUUAAUGCCAACUCAAGAUACUAGUAUUGGUAUGAUGCCAACUCAAGAAACUAGUAUGAUGCCAACUCAAGAAACUGUUAUGAUGCCAACUCAAGAAACUUGCUUGAUGCCAAAUCAAGAUACAAGUUUAAUGCCAACUCAAGAGACUAGUUUGAUUUCUUUACAGGCUCAGCACCAUGUGUCCCCACCACCACCUGUCAUUAGAAAGCGUUUUGUUAUUCCAUCUUUCGAAAAACAACUUAUUUUGUCAGAACUCAAACCCACUCCAGCUAAAAUUGAAAUUGACUGUAAUCCAGAAAAAAAAAUGUUGGAUAUUAAACAAGAAAUAGAUGAAGACGAUGUCAAAGGCCCAGUCAAAAUUGAUUAUGAAAAAUUGAAGAAGCAAAAACUGACGGGGCCUCAAGGCUCAAAGAUAUUUGGAUGCAGUGUCUGCUCCUAUAGAUCAGCUACAAGAACACUAUUGCGCCAACACAUGAUCAUUCAUGCAGAUAAAAAGUUCCAGUGUAAAGAGUGCAAAUACAGGUGUCACACAGCCAGUCACCUGAAACGUCACAUGUUCAUCCAUUCUGAGAACAAACCCAUACACUGCGAGCAGUGUGGUUAUUCCUGCACCCAAAACUUUCAGAUGAAGGCUCAUCUCAUCCAGCAUGAGACUGAUACACCUUUUGUUUGUAAAAUCUGCAAUGCAGUCUACAAAAAAGAAGAAAGUUUGAAGGUCCACAUGCUGGGACACGAAAAUGUUACUAAGUUUCGUUGUACUCAGUGUAAUUAUGCCGGCAAUAGAUAUGGAGAUUUCAAAAGGCAUGUGCUGACGCACUCUUCUGAUAAGCCAUUGAAAUGCACCGUUUGUAGCUAUGCAUGUAUUCGUCAGUGGCGAUUAAAAGCUCACAUGAAAAUUCACCAACAAGACAAGCCAUUGUUGCGUUGUGAUUUGUGUGACUUUAGCUGCUUAAGUGCUCCCAGGCUAAAAGACCACAAAGUUAUACACACCAAUGAAGGUGUAAUACGCUGCGAGUCUUGUGACUUUGUUUGCACGCAACCUUCGCGGCUCAGGAGGCAUAUGAAAGUACAUUCUAGUGCUCCUCAAAAGACCUACACUGGCACAACAUAUCCUGCAGCUUACCAGCAGAAAAUGGAGCUGGAGCAAGCCGAGUCAGAAGCCAGUAAUCAGCCGACUUACAUCAGUCUACCAGCUGCUCAAGCUUUAGAACUGGAUGGGGACUGGGGGGCUGAGCAGUUAGACGAGGAUCAAUUCAGCGCUUUUGCAGCCUUUGCUGGGAAACAAGCCGGAGAAACAUACACGAUUACAACAACAGACGGAGGCCAAACCUAUAUUAUUCAGACUGAAUCUCCUGAACAAUUUGCCCAGCAGCUGGCACAGGCUCAGUUUGAACAAGUUCAGCAGAUUGAAGCACUCCCUGAUCCCCAACCAGAUUUUACAGAGAUUGCUGACAUCAAGCCUAGCCCUUCAAAAUUGAAAGAGUUGGCAGAAGAAGAGUCUCCCCCGGUGAAAAAGCCACCACUGAAUCAUUCUAAAUCUAAAAGGUUUCACUGUGACCUAUGUGAUUUCUCUUGUGAUUAUAAAUCCACAUUCUCGGCUCACCAGAAGAAGCAUUCAAGCGUGAAAAAGUACAAGUGUGCUCACUGUGAUUACAUGUGCAACGACACAUCGCGCAUGAAAGAUCACUUACUAUGCCACACAACCGAGAAGAUGUUCCAGUGUCAUGUUUGUGAGUUCUCGUGUAAAAGAAAGAUUGGCCUCAAAGAUCAUAUGAAGGUUCACACGGGGGAAAAACCUUACCAGUGCAAGGAUUGUGAGUAUACUUGCCGCUCCUCCGAGGGCUUAAAGUCCCACAUGUCUAAACAUUAUGGAGUCAAACCCUAUACUUGUGAUGUGUGUGGCCAGGGUUGUUCCUCGUCCUAUUUGUUAAAGAAACAUAAAUUUAUCCAUGGAGAGAAGCCGCUGCAGUGCACUUACUGUGACUACAAAUGUAUCCAAAAAAAACAGCUUACUAAUCAUCUUCUUCAACACAAGUACCAACACCCCUUCUGCUGCAGUUUGUGCAGUGCUACUUACAAAAAAGAAGAAAGUUUGAAGAUACACAUGAUGUCCCACCAAAACAUCAGGAAAUUUGCAUGCAGCAUGUGUACCUAUGCUGGAAACCGUGCUGCAGAUUUCCGGCGACACAUGCUGACCCAUUCGUCGUCGAAACCAUUGCAAUGUCCCCACUGCUCCUACUCUUGCAUCCGCCAGUCUCGCCUGAAAGCACACAUGCUGGUCCAUUCCCAAGAGAGAAGCUCCAACCGUAAAGUUGGUGUUACCAUGCCAAAAUCGUAUCGUUGUGCAUUCUGUGACUUUUCUUGUACCCGCACAUCCAGACUUAAAUCUCACUUGUCCAAAGUACACCUUGACCUUCCUGACAAUGUCAUUUUCAGUAUUGACUUUAAGCAGAUUGACGGUUCACAGGAUCUCUAGAAACACUUAGCUCAACUUAGGGAGAUAAUUUGAUUUUGAAUAGGCUCUCUCCUUACUGGCUUAACAUAAUUUAAUUUGAUUACAUCUGAAAUAGAAAUUACAUUCACAGCUAAUGUUUAUCUGCCAGGACAACUUUGUUUCCAUCAGGUUGGCUCUGUCAAGUGUGUUUGGGAUGUUCAGCACAUAUAAUACACAAGUUUUCUGUAUUUCUACUAUAAGAGUAUAAUGGCGCUGACAAUAUAGUUGAUUUAUUACCUUAAAAUUUUCCUCACAGCCGUGUUUUUUUGUCAGUUUCAAUUUUAUGUACAUUUUUUUUUUGUGUUAACAGAACAAAGCAAUAGGUUCAUACCUUAGAACUCAAACAACCAGCUCCGUCCACUGGAUAUAAGCUUGUUAGAUUAAACUUAUCUCUUGAACUUAUCUCUUGGUUGUUUCGUAUAUGUGAUAGUUGAGAGCAGGUUGGAUACACUUUUUUUUCAACAAAUUAUUCAGAUACUAUUAAUUUCAAAGACUUAGGAUUGUAAUACAAUUAUUAUAUUUUACUUAAAAAUAAACAGUAACUUAAUGAUUAGAAAAAAAAAUUAAUAUAUACAGAGGUUUUAUUUUUAAAAUCCAAAAGUACUAAGAUUGUACUAAUGUAGAAAAAAAAAAGGAUACAUUUUUUUUUUGUAUUAAUUAGUUUAUGACCAAAAAACAUACACAUACAUUUCAUCUGUAAAAUAUUUAUAGAAUAUAGGUAAAAUUAAAUUUUGAUCGGCAUAGCCUUUUUAAUUGUUAAUUAUUAUUGUAUGUAAUUCAUUCCAUUCAAAGCUAUAAUUCGAUUCAUUUUAUAGAACAACACAAACUAGGAAGUAUCAUUAUUAAAGGAUUCUUGUUUGUUGCUGAUUUUGAGCAUAAUAUUUCUUACUAGGUUUUUUUUUUUUUUUUCUCCAGAGCAUUACAUUAUCCCAAGCUGUACAUCUGUCACUUGAUCAUAUGAGUCAUUUCUUCACUUUUCUACUAAAGUUAAUUACAAUAAUUUUUUUUAUCAAUUCAUUUUUUUUUUUUUUUUUUACGAAUUGGUAAUAUAACUGGCCAGUUGUUGAAUUUAAAUUAGAUCUUGCUUUUGCUUUGUGCAUUGCUAAGUUAAUUUGAACAGCGUGUUCCUUUGUUGUAUGCUGUCAAUGUCCCUGGCUAAUAAAUGAGCAAUGUAUGUGGGCAAUAACUUCGAUGGUAAAAUCCUGAUCUAAAAUUAGACCCUUUACUUCGCAAUGAAAUAGUACACUACAUCAUUUCGAUAUAUUUUAUUUUCUCUGUCUUAUCCUAGUAGUGCUUGAUACUAAAAUUAUUUUGAUGAAACUGUGGAGGUCUGAAAGAAUUUGCAUAAAUUUGUAACUCUGCUUAUCCAUUGCCUGUGUUUCAGAUUGAUUCCUCUUAAUAUGGAAAUGUCUCCUCCUACUGUUCUCUGAUUAGAUCAUCCCAGCACUGCCUCGUGUACACACUUCCUCAGUUCUUUACUUUUCAACACCAUCUCUCUGUCAUGGUCCUCAUUUCUUUUCAGCUCAUAAGUUCAAAUCAAGGUUGAUGAAAUUGGUUUUGUAUUAGCUGCAUAUUAUUUAUUACAUGUAUGUGAAAUGUAUAUGACACUUGUACUUUGCAUGUACAUAGAUCUGAAGAAUUGAAACAUAAAUAUUUUACACUGUUUUCCUAUAUUUCAUUCAUUUUGGUUUGUGUGUGGUGGUUGCUUCACAUUUCAGUUAAAUCUCAAACCUGGUUGAAAGUUUUACAGCAUUAGCUUUGGAUAGUUUUGUUUUGUCAUUGUGUUAGAAAUAUACAUACAUAACUCUCAUGUAAUGUAAGAUUCCAUAUUUGGCCACUGUUUUUGUUUUAGAAUCCUCUUGGGGGGGCUGUUUAAUUUAUAUAAAACGUAAAUGUUAUUACUGCUACUAAAAAUAAGAGCAUAGUAUUGGUUAAAAGCGAAUAUGUCAUUUCGGAAAUAAAAUCUUGUAUGCAAUGUGAA